GGAAGAGGGAGUCGUUCGGGGAGGGGGUAAAAGGGAGUGGAGUGCGCGGUUGUCCGGGCGGCCAUUGCGGGUACAUUGUCCGAAACCGCGAAUGCAAUUGAGUGCUGUGUGCGACACCAGUGAAAUCCAAGAAAAUCAAAGGUCAUUCCCGAAGAAAGGUGAUUCGUGUGAAGCCCGGGACGCGCACGAGACCCCGGCCCGAUGGCUGAAUCCGAUAAAUUGAAUAUCGACGACAUUAUAGCUCGGCUCUUGGAAGUGCGAGGAGCCAGGCCAGGGAAGAAUGUACAGUUGACAGAAGGAGAAAUAAAGGGACUAUGUCUAAAGUCACGCGAAAUUUUUUUAUCGCAACCAAUUCUAUUAGAGCUCGAAGCACCACUCAAAAUAUGUGGUGAUAUUCAUGGACAGUACUAUGAUUUGUUACGACUAUUUGAAUACGGCGGAUUUCCACCGGAAAGCAACUAUCUUUUCUUAGGGGACUAUGUGGAUAGAGGAAAGCAGUCUUUGGAGACAAUUUGUCUUCUCCUUGCCUACAAAAUCAAAUAUCCAGAGAACUUUUUUUUACUCCGUGGUAAUCAUGAAUGCGCAUCUAUUAACAGGAUAUAUGGAUUUUAUGACGAAUGUAAACGUCGAUACAAUAUUAAACUAUGGAAAACGUUUACGGACUGUUUCAACUGUUUACCGGUUGCCGCUAUAGUCGACGAAAAAAUAUUUUGUUGUCACGGUGGUCUUAGUCCAGACCUUCAGCACAUGGAACAAAUCAGACGUAUUAUGCGGCCAACGGAUGUACCCGAUCAAGGUUUAUUAUGCGAUUUGUUGUGGUCGGAUCCGGACAAAGACACAAUGGGCUGGGGAGAGAACGAUCGUGGCGUAUCGUUCACGUUUGGAGCCGAAGUUGUUGCCAAAUUUUUACAUAAGCACGACUUUGACCUCAUAUGUCGUGCUCAUCAGGUUGUCGAAGAUGGCUAUGAAUUUUUUGCAAAACGACAGUUGGUUACCUUGUUCUCUGCACCAAAUUACUGCGGCGAAUUCGAUAAUGCCGGAGCUAUGAUGUCCGUGGAUGAAACUCUAAUGUGCAGUUUCCAGAUAUUAAAACCAGCCGACAAAAAAAAGUUAACGUACGGUGGUUUAAACGCAGGCAGACCAGUGACACCUCCACGAGGUGGAAAUAACAAGAGCAAGAAGAAGUGAAGUCCUUAGAUUUGUUUGACAGCCCUCCCUGCCCCCUUCUUUGAACGCAAUGCUUACAACUUUGAAACAGUAAUUCCUUCCUUGAAAUCUACCUACCAUCUUGUAAGACUCGAUCAAGUUUUUGUACGGGAAAGACGUUAUCGUUAUUUUUCCUAGCGUCGCUACAAUCGUUGUGAAUAUUACUGUAUUAACAUACUGCUUCCGAAGUCAUCGUAAAUUCCAACAAUCCGUAUCCAAUGACGACGCAUAAAGAGGAGAAGAAAUCCGGAGGGGCGUUGUUUAUUAAGUAAAGAAAAAAAAAAGGAAAAGGUCUUUGUUAAUAGAAGAGUUCAGAGUAAACGACGAAUGAAAAAUAUUAUUCAACUUGUGUCUAUAAAAAGAAGGUAACGCGUCAAGCUCGACUACUACCGAUUAGAUUAGAAGUCCUCAAUGGCUAUUAGAUGAGGUUCUACGUGGAGAAUACUGGGUGUCCCAAAAUAGGUGUUAGUCCUUGAAAGGAGUGAUUCUUCGGUUGGUUUGAAACAACUUUAUUCUUAGCGAAAAAGUUCUCCGAGGCUUUGUUAACGAGAUAUUGUAUUACGAACAAGCAAGUCGGCAUGAAUCGAAGGAAACUGUUUGUUUGUGUGUGGGUGUGGGUGUGGGUGUGUGUGUGUGUGUGUGUGGAUGUGGGUGUUUGUGUUUGUGUAGCACAGCAAAUGAAAAAGACGUAACAAAUAAAAUCGAACUUGUCAUUUGCUAUUCUACGCAGUUCCGUUCAGUACCUGCCGCGGCUUGUUUGUUCGUAGUACAAGCGAACGCGCAUAUCCAACGCUACCACGGGAGCUCAGCCGGUAGAUUCGCGCUCUGAUUGGUCGGGGUUUCUCGUUAAUAUCUCGUUGACA